AUGGGAAAUUCCAAAUCCACGGGUUAUAAAUUUUCAUCUAACAACCUUUCAGGGAUUAUUCCAAGCUUUAUUGGACAUUUAUCUGGACUGUAUUGGUUACAGUUGAAUAACAAUAGUCUUUAUGGAGAGCUUCCUUUGGGUUUGAGAAAUUGCACACAUUUAUUAGUUUUGGAUCUUGGUGAGAAUGGUUUCUUUGGAAACAUACCUGAAUGGAUUGGAGAAUUAGAAUCCUUGAGAAUUCUGAGAUUGCACAGCAAUAUGUUCAAUGACAUGAUUCCUUCACAGUUAUGCCAACUGUUAGGCACAAUUCCAGAGAGCAUGCCAAAUUUGAGUUUUAUGGGCCACUUGAACUUAUCAUACAAUAACCUCUCAGGACGCAUUCCAACAAGAAAUCAGCUUAAAACUCUUGAUGACCCUUCUAUUUGCGUUGGCAAUAGUGAACUUUGUGGAGCUUUUAUACCAAAGAAAUGCUCUAUUGACAGACAUUCUUAA